AUGUUAGCCCGCCAGCAUUGUGUCCGGCAAGCUUGUCGAAGCGGCUUCGCCAGUGCCAUUGCCCAUCGCCCUCUCCGAUUAGCAGCCAUCGCACCGGGUCGUGGUAUCGUCACAGCAGCCAAAACGAGGAAGCAAGUGGGCGUCGCAGGUAUCCUCGAUGUCAACAACACCCCGACCAUAGUCCCUAUUAAGGACUCGACGCAACUAGACAAGGCUCAGCUUAAGAACCUGACCGUCGAAUACAACUAUGGCCUGCAGGACCCGUGGAAGCUCUCCAACGCUGUCAUUAGCCGGUUGCGCAGGGAUCGUCUUGCGGAGGCGCAAGGUCUUGUUCGGAUAGCUAGCAAGGACAUGCAAGUGCCGGCGAGCUGGAACCAGUUGAUCGACUACCAGCUCAAGCAUCAGAGGCUACACGCUGCUCUGAAGCUUUUCAAUGAGAUGAAGAAGAGAGGCCAGCUCCCCAACGCCCAUACCUACACGACACUCUUCAAAGGGUGUGCGCGAUCCGAACAUGCAAAGCUCGCCGUGGCCGAGGCGGUUAAGCUCUACAUGACCAUGCUCAACAGCUCUCGAAUCCCGCCAAAUGUCAUCCACCUCAAUGCAGCGCUCGAGGUCUGCGCCCGCGCGCUGGACGUCGAUGCCAUGAUGUCCGUCGCCGCCACUAUCGACAACAAGACCCGCAAGCCCGAUGCCCUGACGUACUCGACCAUCCUCAACGGGCUGCGUGCCUGGGUGGAGCAUCAAGGCGAGAAUCUGAAGCAUGCCGAAAAGACGGGUUAUACGGAAGAAGACCACAAGAACACCAUUGCCAAAACCUUGGAGCAGGCCCGACGCAUUUGGCAGGAGGUUAUCCGGAAGAGCAACUCGGCGCAGAUUGUACUCGACGAGGGCCUCGUCUUUUCGAUGGACAACCAAACCCGCGGCCCGUUCCUCCCCCUCCCCACCCCCACAACGAGAACCCUCUCCCUCAUCCUCUACGCCCUCGACCGCACCCGGCGCGCCCGCCUCGCCCUCCACUACUGGACCUGCCUCGUCGAGGACUACGGCAUCACCCCGGACCAGAACAACUGGCACGCCCUUCUCCGCAUCCUCCGCCGAACCCACUCCAGCGCGCAGACCGUCGCCGCGCUCAAGGCCAUGCCCACCGAGUUCAUGACGCCCAAGACCUUCCGUGUCGCCCUAGAAACCUGCGUGCACGACAACGUGAACCCCAACGCCACCAAGAACGCCGCCGCCAUCUACGACAUCAUGGUCACCGCCCUGCCCGAGCCCGACCUCGAGAGCAUCCGCCUCUACGUCGACGUCGCCGCCAAGAGCAGCCACCAGUUCCGCCUCAUGCGCCGCAAGGCGGGCGCCGACCCCGCCGCCCGCGCCGCCAUCGACCGCGCCUACGCCCUCCAAGUCCUCGGCGCCAUCGACCACAUCUGGAUGCCCGGCGGCUUCGCCACCUGCCGCAACGAGAUGAUGACCCUCCUCGAGGCCGCCUCCCGUCCCGGCCCCGACGCCAGCACCUCCGCGCAGCGCGCCCACGCCGCCAACUACUGCAUGGAGGUCGUCGCCACCUGCCGCAAAAUCGUCAGCGCCUGGGACCGCGUCAUCACCGAAGCCAUGCUCGACGAGGACCAGCUCGACGGGCCCCGUCGGAGGCGCGACCUCCUCAACCGCUUCGUCGCCAACUUUUACGAACCCGGCCACCAGGGCAGCGGUGACGGGCAGCCUGGUGCUGAUGCUCGGACAGAUGGCCAUGCGCAGGGCUACCAAGACCGUUCGGGAGCCGCCGCCGUCCUAGCCCGAGCCGUGGAGGUGGUUCCAGGGGUCCUCCCCAGGGCAGCAGAGACCAUACUCGCAAGAAUCGACCCGAAGAUAGCGACCGGCGCUCCCUUGCCGAGAAGCUAG